CUCCCCCGCUCCGCCGGCCGCAUGCGGACCCAGCAGUGCCCCAGCGAGUCCAGCGGGGCUCACAGCGCCGAGAACUGCAGCAGUAGCAGCGGCAGCUCCGGGCUCUCCCCGGGCUCCGACUCCGACUCCAGCGGGGUGGUGUGUGGUGGUGGUGGCAUGAGAGGUGUCCUGUCCAGGUACUGGAGCUUAGAGAGUCUUCACUCCGCCACAGUGAUCACGGACGGAGCCCUGGACAAGACAGCCCUGCCGGACGAUGUGGGCAGCGAGGAGGAUCUGUACGAGGAGUUCCGCAGCGCCGGCCACCGCUACGGCCACCCCGGGGGCGGCGGCGAGCAGCUGGCCAUCAACGAGCUCAUCAGCGAUGGCAGCGUGGUGUACGCAGAAGCCCUCUGGGACCACGUCACCAUGGAUGACCAGGAGCUGGGAUUCAAGGCUGGCGAUGUCAUCGAAGUGAUGGAUGCCACCAACAAGGAGUGGUGGUGGGGGAGGAUCCUGGACAGUGAAGGCUGGUUUCCAGCCAGCUUUGUUCGGCUGCGAGUGAACCAGGAUGAGCCCAUGGAGGAUUAUCCCCUAAAGGUGGAGGGGGGCAAAGAGGACGAUUCCCGGCGCUUUGGGAUGGGCCAGACCACCAAAGACCAAAUGAGGACCAACGUCAUCAAUGAGAUCAUAAGCACGGAGAGAGACUACAUCAAGCACCUGAAGGACAUUUGUGAGGGCUACAUUAAGCAGUGCCGCAAGAGAGCGGACAUGUUUACUGAAGAGCAGCUGAAGAUCAUCUUUGGGAAUAUUGAGGACAUCUACAGGUGCCAGAAGAAAUUUGUUAAAGCACUAGAGAAGAAAUUUAACAAAGACCACCCACAUUUGAGUGAGGUUGGCUCGUGCUUCUUGGAAUAUCAAACGGAGUUUCAGAUCUACUCCGAGUACUGCAACAACCACCCCAACGCGUGCAUGGAGCUGUCGCGCCUCACCAAGGUCAACAAGUACGUGUACUUCUUCGAGGCCUGCCGCCUCCUGCAGAAGAUGAUUGACAUCUCCCUGGAUGGCUUCCUGCUCACCCCCGUGCAGAAAAUCUGCAAGUACCCCCUGCAGCUGGCAGAGCUGCUCAAGUACACCAACCCCCAGCACAGGGAUUUCAAGGACGUGGAGGCUGCCCUGAACGCCAUGAAGAACGUGGCUCGGCUCAUCAACGAGCGGAAGCGGCGCCUGGAGAACAUCGACAAGAUCGCUCAGUGGCAGAGCUCCAUCGAGGACUGGGAGGGAGAAGAUGUCCUAGUCAGAAGCUCAGAGCUCAUCUAUUCUGGGGAAUUAGCCAAAAUCUCCCACCCUCAAGCCAAGAGCCAACAGAGGAUGUUCUUCCUCUUCGAUCACCAGCUUGUCUGCUGCAAGAAGGACCUUCUGCGCAGGGACAUCUUGUACUACAAGAGUCGGAUCAACAUGGAUGACAUGGAAAUACUGGAUGUAGAAGAUGGGAAAGACAAGGACUUCAAUAUCAGUGUGAAAAAUGCAUUUAAGCUGCACUGCAGAGACACUGAGGAAGUCCAUUUAUUCUGUGCAAAAAAGCCUGAGCAGAAACAGCGCUGGCUGAAGGCAUUUGAAAAUGAAAGGAGGCAGGUGCAGCUCGACCAGGAGACAGGUUUUUCCAUCACAGAGGUGCAGAAAAAGCAGGCAAUGCUGAAUGCCAGCAAGCAGCACCAUGCUGGGAAGCCCAAGGCGGUCAGCAGGCCCUACUACGAGUUCCUGAUGCGGCAGAAGCACCCCACGCUGCCCAGCACGCUGCCCCAGCAGCAGGUCUUCAUGCUGGCAGAGCCCAAGCGCAAGCCCUCCAACUUCUGGCAGAACAUCAGCAGGCUGACGCCCUUCCGCAAAUAGGGGCAGCCGUGUGUGCCUGAGCCCCUCCUGAGAAAGCACUUUAUGCAGCAGCCCUGGCAGUGCAGCCCAGGCUGUCCAGCCCUGUUUACAGAGAUGGCACAGUGCUCCUGCCCUCCCUAUUUAUUGUGCAGCCUGACCGAGCCGCUGGCUCCGAGGUGAGGCCCCGUGGCCAGGGCCAGCCUGCACUGCCCAGCAGGCACAGCUCCAGGAGCACACAGCAGGGAGCUGGACAGGCUGCAGCCCAGGGAUUCUGCUUGUCAGCUGUACUUGGACUCACUCUUUCCUGCUGUGCCCACACUGCAGGCGAUGGCAGUGAUGGACCCCGUGCCCAGAACAGUUCAGAGUCCAUGAGGAGGAGGAUGAGCCCUUCUGCUCUGCCCACCCCAUGCCCUGCAUUUCUCAGAGCUAUGACCCUCCUCCACGUGUCCAGCUAACCCAGCAGCCUCUGCAGGCACUCGGAGCACAGUGAGCUCUGCACUGUGACCUCCUCCCUCCCUCUAGCCCAACAGCACCGCUGAACGGUGCCCUACGUUAAACUGUGCCAACCUGCAGCAUGAGUCAAGUCGAAGAAUCUCUCUAGUGGGUUUGAGUUACAUAAGUUAGAGAAAAACGUGCCUAAUUAAUACCAUACUCAAUUCUUUAGAUUCUCGUCUCUCCAUCAUUCUGCCAUAUUUCCUGGCCAAUGAAAAUGCUCAUUGUUUGUAAUGUGUUUAUUUAUGGUAAAAAUCAGAACUGUGUAUUUUGUAAGUCUGUAAUUGUUCUUGUCAGAUGUUGUUAACUUGAUGCCUGUUUUGUCUGUUUAAUUUCUUUUUUUUUUUUUU